GCGCCCGGGUCGACCGUGCUCCUCAAGCCGCCGGGCUGGGAGGUGGACUCCACGCAGGGCUCGGUGGUCGAGGGCGCGUCGCCGCUGUCCUCGUUCCUCGGGGCCCGCGCGCCCGCCUCGGCCGUCGUGAGGUCUGCGGCGCACGGCUUCGGCUUCGUCCACCGCCUGGACACGCCUUCGAGCGGCCUGGUGAUCCAGGCCACCAGCUACGAGGGCUUCUUCGACCUCUGCAUCCAGCGCGAGCUGGGGCGCCUGCAGCGCGACUACGUCGCCCUGUGCCACGGCCACGUGACCUGCGACCUCGACAUAUCGGAGCCCAUCCUCAAGGUCAGAGGCGGCCGCUCCCAGGUGUCGCCGCGUGGCCAUCCAGCUUCGACCCGGCUGAAGGUGCUCGCGCACCUCGACCGGGAGGGCUCGCCCUUGUCGCUCCUUGGGCUCACGAUAUCUACGGGCAGGACGCACCAGAUCCGGUGCCACCUGUCGCACGUCGGUCACCCGGUCGUGGGUGACGGGAUGUACGGACCAAGGACCGACCCGGGCUGGUGCGCGCGGCACUUCCUGCACCGUUACCGCCUGGGCUUCCGGGACCUCGCCGGGGCGGCCCGCUCCGCGGCGCACGCGCUGCCCGCGGACCUGAGGGCCGUGCUGGCGGGCCUGCGCGCGCUGCGGGGCGGCCGGGAG